UACAACCUUCCCUCUCUUCGGUCCUCAUCCCUCCCCUUUUAUCUACUUUCUCUUUUUCUCUUCUCCUUCAACAUUCGUAGCUCCUUAGCCAUUUCAAAACCUCCCCAAACGCAAAUCUGUUCAAAUCCCUCUCUCCUUCUCUCUCAAAAUCUCUCCCUCUCUCCUUCUCUAUCAAAGAAACUAAAACGAAGAAAAGAAAAGGAAAUGUCGCGAGCGACGAUCGAGCUCGAUUUCUUCGGAAUCGAGAAGGGCGCUGCGAAUCCUCCUCCCUUUGAGAAGCCUCUCGAUCAGAGAAGGUCCUUCAGAGGCAUUCAAAACGCGAUCUCAAGGAUCGAUCCGCAGGUUCUGAAGACAGUCAUAGCUUCCAGAACCGCAAAUGGAGGUUUCGACGGCAGAACAUCGGAAAACGGGUUGUCGUCCAAACAGGAAGCAGUUUUCCGUCCGAACGGAAAGGUGCCGGCACCGAUGAAUGCGGGUCUCGCGCCGUCGAUGCGUUUCCUUUCUGCUUUGCCCGUCUUCAAUCCCAUUUCAAGGACCGUCUCUGAGAAUCCGUCAGAAACAGCUCCCUUGACGAUUUUCUACAAUGGAAUGGUCACCGUUUUCGACGUCCCUCGCGAUAAGGCGGAUAGGAUAUUUAAAAUGGCGGAGAAAGUUAAUAUCGUAACGGCCGAAUCGGCCGAUCCGAAUUUCUCCGGCAACGAGCAUCAGCUGCUUGAGAAACUCAACGGAGACCUGCCGAUCGCCAGAAAGCAUUCGUUGCAGAGGUUCCUCGAGAAACGCAAGGAGCGGUUGACUUCUCUUUCGCCAUAUGCGACCACGUCCGGCCACGAGCAAAAGAAAAUUACGGGGUCGGUCGGUGCUUGAAAGAGGCUGCCUUGACCUCUUUUCCCGGCUAACAUUAACCUACCCUUUUUCAGUAGUGAAUAGGGAUUUUUAUAUACGCAUCAUGUCGUUUCUUUAUAUUUAAAAUAUAUAUAGAAAUAUACUAUUGUUGUUGUUUUUUGUUGUUGUUGUUGUUACACACGAUUAACGGUGUAUACACGUUUAUUUGGGUCUUCAAGAAUAGAUGAUAUUGAAUUCUGCAUUCCCACUCUCUUGUGGGUGUUGUGAUUUUUUUUUUUUUUAAUAAUUUUUUUACAUGAGAUAUGGCUGAUACAUUGUUUGGUACCAUACAAUGGGAUUUGUAUUUUGAUGGAUGAUUAAUGAUUCAUGUUAUUUGGUUUGUGUUA